GCGUCUCACCCAUCACGACUGCUCUCCUGACAAUCGAGGCCAGGGCUGAUCGAGCAUAUGUGGUUCUAAUCACAUGCUGCAUCUUCUCGAGUGUCUCUGCUGCGUAACACUGCAUCAUCGCGAUGUUUUUUCUGGGGAAGCUGACUUGUUCGACCUAUCAUUGGCUGGCGGGUCACUCCUGCCGAAGCGCGAAGAGGGAGCUUGGACUUUCGGAGCUCGGGCAGAGGAAAUGACGACAGAGUCUUGAUUAACUGAGCAACCGACCUGGACAACCAGAUUCUCCGGCAUAACAACCUCGACACAUCCAAUUGAUCAUCAACACAUCAAUUGUAGCAAUCAUGAACUCGACCAUCCUCCGCACUACCGCCGCGCGCUCUGCGCUCCGCGCUGCCACUAAGAGCUCUGCUCGCGCUGGCGUUGCAACCACCUUCGUGCGUGGAAAGGCUACUCUGCCUGACCUUACCUACGACUACGGCGCCCUCGAACCCUCCAUCUCCGGCAAGAUCAUGGAGCUUCACCACAAGAACCACCACAACACCUACGUGACUUCCUACAACAACUUCAGCGAGCAGAUUGCCGAAGCCAAGGCCAAGAACGACAUCAAGGCUCAGAUCGCUCUGCAACCUUUGAUCAACUUCCACGGUGGCGGUCACAUCAACCACACCCUGUUCUGGGAGAACCUCGCCCCAACCUCGCAGGGUGGUGGUGAGCCCCCCUCCGGCGCGCUGGCCGGCGCCAUCAACGACUCCUACGGCUCGUUGGACCAAUUCAAGGAGAAGUUCAACACCGCUUUGGCAGGUAUCCAGGGCUCUGGAUGGGCGUGGCUGGUGCAGGACACACAGACCGGCAGCAUCCAGAUCAAGACAUACGCCAACCAGGACCCCGUUGUUGGACAAUUCAGACCUAUUCUGGGCGUCGAUGCGUGGGAGCACGCAUACUACCUUGACUACCAGAACCGUAAGGCGGAGUACUUCAAGGCCAUCUGGAACGUCAUCAAUUGGAAGGCAGCCGAGAAGCGUUUCCAGUAAGCGUUUGCGUUAAUUGUAGGCUUAAUGUAUGAAAACAAUAACAUGUUCGAGCGAUCAACAUGAUACAGUCGUUCUCCGCUUGCAUGCUCAUGUCAUCUGCUCAUUCCUUGAAUACUUGCAAAGACAGCUCAUAACCUCGACC